CUGAAGGAAGUGUGCUUCUCUUCCUGUGUUAUUAUCAGCACACACUAAUGUCGCCAGUCAGUAAACGUUAGCUUAAUUAUUUAAAAGCAGCUUUGGCUGAACUGCGUGUGUUUCAGCGCACACCAACAGAGACGACGUCCUGAUGGUGACAACAUGAAGAUGAAAUCUGCCAAGAAGAAGUCAAACAAAGCGCAGAGAGGAGAGAAAAAACGCGAUGUGGACAGAGUUAAAGCUGAAAACGGAGCAGAGUUGGACGGUGAUGGAGUCCACAGUAACGGAGGAGGUCUCAACAUCCGAAUCAAGGAGGAACCAGAUGCACAGGAGAUUAGUGAGGAGCACAGUGGAGGCUCAUUAAGCUGUUCAGACACUAAACCGGACACUUUGGCUCUCAGGUCAGAUGUUGAUCACCAACACAUGAAGGAGGAGUGUGACUCUGAGCAUCAGCCUGAUUGUGAUUUCUCUGAAGAUGCUGUUAAAGAGGAGUCUGAGGAGUGGAUUAAAGAGGAGAGAGACAGUAAAGAGGAGGUGACAGACAACAUUCAGGAAGAUUAUGGAGAGGAGGAGGAGCUCUGCACAGAGUCGUCUCCUGACUUCUAUCCAUGUCCUCACUGCACUGUCUCCUUCACUGACUUGGACUUCUUGGAGAAGCAUGUCAAGUGGGUCCAUCAGAAACAGUAUCUCGCCAAGCUAAAAAAUUGCCUCUCAAGCCGAACACUAAACCUCAUCCCUAAACACAGCUGCACUGUCUGCAGCAGCACCUUUAACUCUAAAGUUCACCUCAGGCUCCAUGUGCGUGAAGCCCACCCCUCUGCUCCUCCCCGCAGACUUCACCCGUGUCCAACAUGUGCACGCAGCUUCCAGUACCUAAAGAAUCUGAAGAAUCACUGUCAGCGCUGGCACAACAUGUCCGUGUCUACCAGAGGGGGACAUCUCAGCUGCGCAGACUGUGGGAAGAGUUUCAAAGCUACCUGGGGUCAAGGGCCACAUUUGUGUCAUGAACCGCACAACACAGAAUCUGAGGAUAAGCCCAUCUGUCUGGACACCGGUGUGCAGUGUCCAGAGUGUGGCAAGAAGAUGGGCACACCUCAGAGCCUGGAGGAUCACAUGCGCACACACACAGGCGACCGGCCGUUUGUCUGCAAGGAUUGUGGCAGGAGGUUUGUGGAGCGCAGCGGUUGGCGGCAACACAUGAAAAUACACACGGGGGAGAAGCCAUACAAAUGUCAGGUGUGCGGGAAGGCCUUUUUAAGAUCACACCACCUCAAGUGCCACUUAACCACACACUCGGGCAAGAAGGAAUAUUCUUGCUCUGAAUGUGGAAAGGAGUUUGGGUUCAAGUCAAGUCUGGAUCUCCACGUGAGGACGCACUCAAGCGAGAGACCCUUCCACUGCAACGUGUGCGGGAAGAACUUUAACACCCAGAGAAACCUGAGGGUUCACUCCAAACUUCACACCAGUGAGAAAGCUCACCAGUGUGGGGACUGUGGUCUGAAGAUCGGAGAUCUCGGGGCCUUGAAAAUACACCUGCGGACACACACUGGAGAACGGCCUUACCACUGCACAGUCUGCGGCAACAGGUUCAUUCGUCUUGCACAUUUACGAAACCACCAACGCACCCACACUGGUGAGAGACCCUACAAAUGCAAUGAAUGUGACAAGAGUUUCACUCAGUCAGGCGACCUGGUGAAGCAUAAGAGGAUACACUCUGGGGAAAAGCCCUUUGAAUGUCCAGACUGCCACAAUCGUUACACCUCCUCUGGUGAUCUGGGCAAGCACAGGAGGAGCCACACUAACCUGCGUCCAUACACAUGUCAAGAAUGUGGAAAAAGCUUUCGCUUGUCAGGCCACUUGAAAACACACAUGUUAACUCACACAGGUGAGAAGCCAUAUUCCUGCCCCAACUGCCUCCGCAGGUUUGCCCGCUCGCACCAUCUUUCUGGGCACGUGGCUAAAUGUCGCUGAGCUUUGACGAGAGGACUGUAAAUAAGCUACGCUGAUUUGAAGUGAUAACCAUGGGAGCUGUAUCCAAUCUUCUACAAGGUUUUCUUAAUGAAUGUGUUAAAGUCAAAACUAUAUCCAUAAAUAAGUAUUUAUUUGAAUUUUAAGUAACACUCUUGUCUGAUGACUGUUAAAAUUGAUCAUAAAAAGUGACUAAACACAUAUCAAGUCUGUUAUUGCAUGGAACUUUUUUUACGCACUAUUAAGAUUUUUGUGCAGGGUAGAGCUAAAGUGGUUUGGCGAAACACUAUGAUAAUUGACACUUGAGGACAUUGUAUGACGCACAGUUCAGUGGGACAUACAGAAUGAAUUGUUUUUUUCAUCCACAGAUCAUUGCUGUAAUUAUUUGUAAAAAUGUAAUAAAUUAUAUGAUGAGUGCAUGAACACUGUGUGUGAUGC